AUGGUUACUCCAAAAAUGGCAAGUCGACGACCAACGAAAAGAAUCUUGAAGCCGGUUAUAGAGAAGAAACGGAGAGACCGGAUCAACCAGCGUUUAGACGAGCUUCGGACGCUUCUGCUGGAUAACACUCUAGACACGCGACUUCAAAACCCUAAACUGGAGAAGGCUGAAAUCCUGGAGUUAACCGUUGAAUACAUUCGGACAAAAGCCACGGUUGCGAGAGAUAGGCCUAGUGAAGGCAUCUCUAAGAAAGACUCAGAACACCUUGACGCUAACGCUCCGACUCUGCUCUCGAGGAGACCCAACAUACCCUUUGCUUCGGUCCCCGAGCCCAUCAGUGUCCAGCAGAUGCCCUCCAAUCCUAUCUACAAAGCGGGUUUUAAGGAGUGCAUCUCCCGUCUGGCCAGCUUUAUCGACUGCGUGGAGCCUUCCCAGCGAGACAGCUUCGUUCAAGGCCUGUGCCACCACCUCGACUCAUACAGCAGUACUCUUUCCCAGUGUAGAGUUUCCGGCCAAGCCGCCCACCAUCCCUGGAUCCCAAAUUCAGAGUUGACGUGCAGGACAGACGUCCACGCCAUAGGACCCAUGAGAACCAGCACAGAGCCUUUUUCCUACACCAACAGUUUGUAUCCUCAGUCUUUUAUGCUUCAUCCAACAGGACAGGCCAUGACGCAUCCCUACCUCUCCCCUCCAUACACCCUCUCUCCUCCACCUUCUCCUUGUUACACGAGUAGCUCUCCUCCUUUCUCUAGCUCUCCCACGUAUCUCUCUGUCCCCUGCCAUUUCCCUUUCCCUCCCACCAUCUCUCCGCUCUCCAGUGACUCUUCAUCUUCGUCGUCAUCCUCUCUCGGUCUCUCUGCCCCCGCUCUGCCUGUGUCCUCAGGACCUCAUGUUCAGGUCUCGGUGGGCUCCCCCACUCCAGUUCGACCCACUGGCUCGUCUCCCUCCUGCCAAGCCCGGACUCUGAGAAGAGCUCUGUUUCAGAACCAGCCACAGUCUGUGUGGAGGCCCUGGUGA